AUGGUCAGAAUCAUUGCUAUCAAACCCUAUGAUGCUCAUUCUGGCUCCGGCAGUCUGCUCUUCCAUUGGCUUGACGAUCAGCACAUUACGACUGCGCGCGAUGAUCCCAAGGCUACGAUUGUCCGGUUACUGCGUAUCUGGCCUAAGGGAGCUCAUAUGUUGAGCUCUAAGGACGCCUUGAAUAUUGGCCGAGCUUCCAUUGCUGCUGACGAGCUUCGGACGCUGCGUCAACGUGGCCUCGAGUGGGUCAUCGAGCCUGAAGCUCAUGCGCGCUUCAUAGAGAUGCCUGUACCGUGGACCUACAAACGGGUCACGACUUCAAGAGCUGCAUUUGAUGUGUUCCCGAAUCCGCCAAAAGACGCAAAUGACAUGGCUUGCGGUGUAGAUUUGCAAGGUCAUCCAAUGCUGCAAAGGCUUCAGUCGAUGCGCCAGUGUGUGCCACAUGAGAAGAAGGCGACAACUGCUCCCGAUCGUGUUCCAGAGAGCAAUUGA